AUGCCACGUUAUAUUCUUUGGAACGCGCAUCUUGGUGAAAGCUGCAUCGAGAAGCCACUAGCUACACUAUGGAGGAAUUACCAACAGUCCACGAAACCGGAUGUAGUGAUGAAACUAUCAGUCACAAACUCCGGGCUUAAAGGAUUUACCAAAGAACACGGUCUAACAGAGUACUGGUCCCACAGGAUCACAUACUGUGCCAGUCCACCACACUAUCCUAAGCUAUUCUGUUGGGUAUACCGCCAUGAGGGCAAGAAGCUAAAACACGAACUUCGCUGUCACGCCGUUCUAUGCACCAAAGAAUCCGUAUCAAAGAAAAUAACUGAGGAGCUUCAAAUUAAACUUAAACAGGCUCUAGUUGAAUUUAAAAAGGACAGAAUCUCCAAGCAAAAUGCAAGAUUAAGCCUUGCUAACAGUGUUUAUGAUAAUCCCAGCAUGCCGCGUAGAAAAAUAAUGCUAAGUGUAGGGGCGAUGAAUUACCGACCACCCUUGGAAAGAUCCAAAUCUGCUCCUAAACUUGGGGCUAUUGAGGAACUCUGUUCCGAAGAAGAUGAAGAAGAAGCAGAAUUGAACGAAAAGAAAGAAUUGAGUGCAGGUUUCACCACGUCACAAACUUUGGAUAGACGGCGAAUUGACAAAGCAUCCCGCAAGUUGUCGUGCCCCGAAGGUGUAAUAGAUACAUUAAUAGAUAAACAAGAACAAGAAUCGAGGGAUAAGUUUAUAGACUUACUUGUUCAAGAAAGUAAAUUAAAAGCAGAAAUCGAAAACGAAACUAGUCAAAAUACUGAGAAAAUGGAAUCGAUAUUGAAAACAUUAGAGUCUAUUGAGGAGACUGUUGGAAAUGGCACAAUGUGUGAGGAAAGAAAGAGUUUGAUGCUAGCACAAAGUAACUACCUCGUCACUGACAGCGACGAUGGAUCUGUUUCUUCUGGAUGCGAAACAGCAAGCACAGUGACUUCCUCUGACGCCGAACCCACGUCACUACCUUUACAAUUUACAGAAGAAUUGCACAAAGAGAUCGAUAGCGAUGAAGAAAGAACAGUCUUUGAAAUAGAAAGAGAACGCCACUUCGAAAGUACAUCAAUGAGGACUUACACAAACUCCAUACACGCUUUAAACAGCGAAAGCAGCACUAUUGCUUCAGAUGAAGUAAUUUCUGUGCCCAUCGGUGAGAAGAACACUUUUCGUCGACGAUCGACAUACCCCCCUUUAAGGGCCGACAACAUUCUUAGUUUUGAGGGCAAAUUCGACAAUAUUAUAGACAAUUUGACAGAUAUUGAGAGCUUGAACUCAAGUACUGAGACUGAGGUUUUUAAAAAUACAGGUGACAACGACAGUGCCUGUAGCGAUGAAUCUGGUUAUUCAGAACUUUUGGAAGGAAAAGAGAGUAUAAUUGGAAAUACUAUUAUGGUU